GUUUUCGAGCAGUCCGGCAAAGUCUUUCUUCUAUUCGGAAUUAUUAGCUCACUAACUAUAUAGCGUGAGUGCGAGUCGGAGUAGAACGAAGAGGAAAAGCAAACAUUCUGCGAAGCAAAAUUUUGCUGGAAAUACAUUGGCCAGGCAGCUGACUCAAUGAGGAGUGACAGCUGAUUUGCUCAGCGCACACAGUUAUAUAUCCACACACACACACAUACGUCUAUGAGUGUGUGCUUGAGUAUCAGAAGUUGCGAUAACCGAGCAGAACAGACGACCAGCGCUUGGCGUGUGCGGCAUUUGAAGUUGGAACCUAGUCGCUGCCACAACACGCCGCAAUGCAGGCCAAGGACCGUCUGAGGCGCGAGUACAGCUCGUUCAAUGAUCUGAGCAGGCAGUUUCGCAUGUACGAUGAGCAGUCGAUAGACUCGCUGCUGGACGACCGCCUGCGCAUCCACAUGAAUCCCAAUGGCAGCGACGACAUGUCCCUGCAGCGGGAUGACUGCUACACGCCCAUCUACCCCGCGGCUCACCCGCAGUCGCCGCUCCUGCUGCUGCGCCAGCACAACUUCAAGCUGAGGGCCUACUACUCGAACGUGGGCAACUGCGUGCAGUGCAACAAGCGCAUUCGCUUUGGUGUGCCUAGCCUGAGGUGCCGCGACUGUCCGCUGCGCUGCCACACGGAGUGCUCCAGUCAGCUGACGGUCAACUGCAUUCCCCAGCCGUUGGCCAGCACGAAGCGGGGCCAUCUGAGCGACUAUGUGCCGCACGUGGCGCCCAUGGUGCCGGCGCUGAUCGUGCACUGUGUGACGGAGAUCGAGGCGCGCGGCCUGGAGCAGGAGGGGCUCUAUCGCGUCUCCUCCACCAGGGACAAGGUCAAGCGCUUGCGGCACAAGCUGCUGCGCGGCAAGGCGACGCCGCACCUGGGCGACAAGGACACGCACACACUCUGCUGCUGCGUGAAGGACUUCCUGCGCUCGCUGGAGCGACCCCUGAUACCCAUGUACCACAGGCCGGACUUUGUGCUCGCCACGCAGCUCAGCGACCCGCUGGCUGUCGAGGAGCAGCUCUAUCUGGCCAUGGUGGACCUGCCGCAGGCACAUCGCGACACCCUGGCCUACCUCAUGCUCCACUGGCAGCGCAUCGCCGAGAGUCCGGCCGUGAAGAUGUCCAUCAACAACAUAGCCGUCGUGUUCGCGCCCACGCUCUUCGACGACGUCGACUUGAAUCUGAGCAACAUUGUCCUGUGGCAGCAGGUGCUGCGUGUCCUGCUGCUGCAGUCGGCCGGCUUCUGGGCGCAGUUCCUCGCGGUGGAGCCGCCGCUGCCAGCCAGCUCGCUGGACGAUGACGAGUGGAAGCGUGAGAACUACCAUUCCUCCAGCGCCCACUGGCAGUCUGUGAAGACCUACUUCCGAUCCAUGGUAGGUUAAUCUCGCUGACUGAGUCCAGGUCAAUUCAAGUUUGUUCAUAGCUGACUAAUUCAUAGCAUAGACUAGCCCCGAUAUAUUGUUAGCUUGUUUUGGUUAGUUGUAAUUCGAGCACUAAGGCAAAUAACACACACAGACACACACACACACCAAUAUCACAGCUGUUUCUAACAGGCAUAGUUGACCGCUGAGAUGUGUGAAAUAGUGAAAACAUCAGUUAACAAGAUAUGUUUGGGGAUAGUAAACACUUGUUCACAGCUCUAAAAGAAAUAUGGUUCUUAAAAAUAUUAUUCACUCUGUCCUUGAAUUCAUGCCAUUCAGCAAAAUAUGAAAAACUUUGUUCACAAUAUUUAAAACCCUAUU